UUUAAUUAGAAGUUUAGAACAAUGGAUUAGAUAUGAGUAGUUCAGAACCAUUACUUUGAGAAAAUGAAGUAUCACAUGGAGAACACAGAAGCCUUCCUGAGGCUCUCUUCAGUUAUCCUCUUGGUCCUCACUGCGUUACUAGUAGGACUUGAUCACCAGACCAAAUUUGUCUUCUUCGCUUACAGAAAAGCUUCUUUCGACGAGGUCAAUGCCCUCCUGGUUCUAGUUUAUGUUGAUGCUGUGGUUGCUGGAUACAAUCUGGUUCGACUGUUUGGCAAGUGUUCAAUGUCAGCUGGUUUAGUCAAACAAAAUCCACAAGGGUCCAGCCUAUACCUAGCUUGGCUUUCUCUAUUGCUCGAUCAGAUAGCAGUAUAUGUGGCGUUUGGGGCAAACUCAGCUGCGUUUCAGGCUUCAGUGAUAGCAUUAACAGGCAUAUCAGAAUUUCAGUGGAUGAAGUUGUGCAACAAAUACUCCAGAUUCUGCCUUCAAAUGGGUGGAGCCUUGUCAUGUGGAUACCUAGCAUGCCUUCUCUUGAUUUUCAUAUCCUUCAUCACUGCCUUUAAUCUGUUUAGGCUUUACUCACCGAAGAAACUGUUUCUCUUAAAGAGCAUAUCAGGGUGAGACCAAUAUCUGUAUGCAUAUAAUUUCUGUUAUGAAAGAAAUAAUUUUAUCCUAUCAGCAGGUUGAACUACAUAUAUAUUUUGUAUAAUUAAUUAAUUAUACGAGUAUUAGAAUUUUCUGUGCUUGAA